AUGGAACCAGAACCGUCCCCUUCCGCUCUCCUCAAGGCUAUCACAGCCCUCACAGCCACCAUUGGGUCCCUGCAGGACCAAAUCCAAGCCCAGAGCCAGCAAAUUAUUGAACUCAGGGCCAUAUGCAAGGAAACUGCAGACCUCCUUGGGGAUAAGGACCAAGGAGCAACCCAAACCAAGCCUGGCCCAUCGACUGGGCCUGUCACUCCUCCCACCCACUCGGGAGGAGAAACCCUCACUCCAGGCACAAUUAGGCCUGGGCUCAAGGCCCCAUUCCGGCCUUCAAGAGGGACGGGCUUUGACUCCAAAGAAGAGGAAGAACCAAGGCGGCCCAAAAAAGAGCCUCAGGGAACGCCUGCAAGACACCUGGGAUCCCUUACCCCUUUUGACGCAGGGUCCAGCGUAAAGCGGCCCAAAAUGGAUCUCCCAGAUCCCUACAAAGGGGACACCAGGGGGCGUAAGGCUACUCAGUGGCUUGAUAGAAUGAUGCUAUGGGUAGCUCUUCAUCGCAAUCAGUUUGACAAGGAGGAGCAGAUGGUCGUGUGGAUCUUAUACCACAUGACAGACAAGGCUGCCGACUGGGCCCUCCCCAUCAUUGGAACUAUCAUCAAGGGCGAGGGUAACCCUCCUACCACUAUCCAGGCCCUAACGGCCAAAUUCAAGGAGGCAUUUGCCGACCCAGAUGCUAAGAGAGCCGCUGCUAGGAAGAUCGCCGCGCUGACUCAGACAACCACCACGUCUGAGUAUGUGAAGGAACUCCUGUCCACCAAGGACAACAUUCCCAACGAGCUGGAGGCAAUAUUUGCCGCCUCCAUCAAGAUUGACAACAUUUGUUGGGAAAACAAGGAGAACCACCCCAAAAAGGCUCCUGCCAAGGCACCAAUCACCGCAACCACCUCCACUUCCACCACUACUACCAGGGUCCAACUAUCAGAGGACCCCAACUAUGUUACCCCGGAAGAAAGAGAUCGCCGACGCGCAUCAGGGCUGUGUGUUAAGUGCGGUCAAAAGGGCCAUGGAAUCAAGCAGUGCCCAAAUGGCUGGAAAGCUACAAUCAAGGAGGUAGCCAAGGUAGCUGAGGAUGAGUCGGGAAAAGAAUAA